GCUUCACAAGGGAGGAGGUGAAUGUCCUGGAGGGAGUGGGAGGAGAGGUUGAGAAUUUUUUUGUGGGGCUGGGGGAGAUGUAUGGGGCCGCAUCAUACCCUAGCGGUGACAGAUAAAAGCAAAGGGUCGACAAAAGCAUAUUUUAGGCGGGGAUUGAAUGCUUUUGUGGGAGCAAAGGAAGGAAGUGGUGUCCGUCUCUGGGAGUUGGACCCAAGCUCAUACACCUGCCGAGCCGUCAUUCCGGGUAACAUUGGAGUGAUAUAUGGCAUCUGCUGGAACCCAACGGGAAAGCUCAUAGCAGCUGCAUCUGCUGAAGGAAAGAUAGGCAUACUGGACGUGGACAAGUGUGUUCCUGUAAGGACGUUCAAUCACCACAGCGCUGCUGUUCUCAAUGUGAGUUGGAACAGCUUCAACCCACGCUUACUGGCUUCGUCAUCGAAGGAUGGCUUCUGCGUGGUCUUCGACGUGGAUGGGAGCAUUAUCCACAAGUUGAAGCACCCGGACGCAGCGUAUGGAUGUGCCUGGUCGCCGCAUGUUGAGGAUCGAAUCAUCACCGGGUGCGACGACGGGAGGGCGUACGUGUGGGACGUAGACUCCACCGACGUCAAUGUUGGGAGGGUGGUGGGUGGAGGAGCUGUCAGUCCAAUCCAUCCCCUGAGGACGAUACGCGGCCACUCGAGGAAGGUAUUUAACGUCGUCUGGUGUCCCCACCUUUCCUUCAAGACAAUGGUAUUGAGUGGGAGCGACGAUGGCACCGCGCGGGUGUGGGACAGCGAGACUGGAUCUUGUCGCAGCGUCCUCGAAGGCCAUUCCCACUUCGUACGUGCGCUGAUGUGGCAUUCCGAGAUUUUGGAGGUGGUCAUCACUGGCAGCUGGGACGCGACCAUCCGGAUCUGGGACUGGACAGCUGGCAAGGGACCUGAUGCUGCCAAUGGCGGUGUAGGCGCGGUGGUUGGCAUCUGCUUGAUGACGGUGACGGACCAUCAUGCAGACGUCUACGGCCUCUCUGCGCAUCCGGAGCGUCCAUUCCUGAUCGCGUCGUCCUCGAGGGACACCACACUCCGAUUAUGGGCCUUGGAUUUGCCGAGGUUCGGCUGCCUGAAGGCCCGGAUGAUGUUCUUGGAGAGCCCCAUUGACUGGUUCUCGGAGGAGAAGAAGGGCAUGCUGCUGACGGAAGAGAAAAGGGAGCGAAGACCCUCGGUGCUGAAGAACAGGAGUCAUUCGGUUGCUGGCAGAUUGACCGAGGGGAUGGGGUUGCCUCCGUCGGAAGACAGUCCGUCAAGGGCACCCACGGACGCUCUAGCAGCGUCGAUGGCGGCAGGCGACAGGAGAGACGACCUGCCCGUCAGCUAUCAAGCAGGCACUGCUGCUGACAUCAACAGCAGGGAAGGAAAUCUCAGCUUCACAGCAUCACUCGGGUUGCCUGUCGCAGGGGAAGAAGGAGGAGGAGGAGGAGGGGGCUCUUUCUCGUUGAUGAUGCUCGGCCGAAAGGCAAGUACCGGCCCUGCAGCUGCGACUGUUCCAUCCGCCAGUGGCACGGCACCUUCUCAUCACAGGAUUCGGUUGAUCGGCAGAGCUUCGGCCGCUCUCAUCCAGCACUUGGAGACGCUGAAAUCUGGUGUCGGCCUUGGGCUGGGGCAGGACUUCUCCCCCAGACUCAUACUCAUUACGAGAUUCCACAUAAUCUCCGAGUUUGUGUUGGUAUCGAGUGCCUUGACGGAGCUUUGGACCUUAGCUCGGAUUCUAGCCAAUCAACGAAGCGCAAGCUCUGUGACAUCUCUGCCGCCUUUGCAGUCGCCCGGCCACAGAGCGAGGGCGGGCAGCGUCCUCGGUGGGUCCUCCUCUUCCCUGAGCCCGAAGCGCCGAUCCUCCAUCGUCUUCCAAUCCCCCUUGUCCGGCACGGCGAGCUUAGGCACCGCUUCCCCCAGCAAUGCCGGCAACAGGUCCGCAGCUGCAGCGGGCCCAGGAAUUCCAGCGGACGUCGUGGAUCCGAUGAUUCCAUGGAUGGCGCAAGGAGCUCAGCAAGGCGCCCUCUUGGCAUCGAGGCCCAGCACGUCCAUGAGGAUCGUUCAUGAGGAUGACCUGAUUCCGAUGAUGGCAGCUCGAGCUGCUGAGCUGGAGUCCGUUGCUAGCAGAAGGGCGAAAACGAUCGGUGCAGUCAAACGAGAAGAAGCGCUGCAAGACGCCGCCUUGAUUCACAUGAAGCUUGGGAAAAUAGAGCGGAGCAUGAGGCCUGGCAGAGAGAUCUGGGGAUGCUUAGGGGUGGGCAUCCCACGGAACAGCAAAGGGUUGCUGCUGGGACGACGCUGGUCGGAGCUGGGUGGGCGGGUCCUUGAUGGAGGGGGUCUCGGCGGUGUCGCGAGGGAAAUGUUGGGACAGUACGACUCGAAUGGCGAAGUCGGAGGCAUCGGUGGUGACAUAGAAAUGGCGAGUGGGGUCGACGAUCUUGAGGACAAGGCCCGUGGUGAUGGUUUGCUUGAGGAGGUCGAAAGCGUGUUGGCGGGGAUCGUUCCAAUUGAAGGUCUCGUCCAUGCGUGUGAGUUCGUGGAGAGGGUAAGAGAUCUCGAAAAAGUUGUGAAUGAACGGGCGGUAAUAGUUGGCAAGGUCGAGGAAGGAACGAAGUUGGAGAAGGGUCUUGGGCGGGGGGUACUCGACGAGGGCUGUGACCUUCGAGGGGUCCAUACGGAUGCCUUCAGCGGAGACAAUGUGGCCAAGGUAUUCGACGCUCGAAGCGGCAAACAUACAUUUGCUGAGCUUGGCGUAGAAUUUUUGCUCUUGGAGGAUCGAGAGGACUUGGCGAAUGUGCUAAAGGUGGGACUCGAAGGUGGGGCUAAAGAUGAGGAUGUCAUCAAGGUACGCGACGACACAAACUUCGAGGAGGUCACGAAAGAUGUGGCUCAUGGUGGACUGGAAUAUGGUGGGGGCAUUGGAAGAAGGCGGUCGGGAGGCACGAUCCUAGCAUUCCAUCGGCAUAAGGUGGGCGGCCUUGAGGUCCUCAAUGGUGAAUUGGGAGGGGUCGAGAGAGGCAGUGUCAAAGUCGUAAUCGGAGGUGGGUGGAGUGGUGUCGUCAGGGGUGAUGUUAUGGAAGAAGCGGGGGCGGGAGGGAGCAGGCGCGGACUGGUGAUGGGGGUGGAGGAGUCGAUCGUGGUGAAGCAUGGGAGAGAGGAGGUCAGCAAGGGGCAUAUCGGGUUUGUGGGCGAGGGCGGAUGCAAGAUCUUUGUGGCAUACUCGCUUGAUGCGGGAGAUGAACGCAAAGGCGGGAAUGACGGUGGUGGGGAGGUGAUGGCGGAGGGAGCGGAUGUAUUGGACAAAGCGGUCCGUGGGACCGGUCUGGCGGAGGUGACAAAAUUGUUCGAGGUAGUCAUCGAUGGUUUUCUGGGGGCGGAAGGUGGCAGUGAGAAGGCUGACCCAUUGGAGGAAGGAGUGACGCGGUCCUCCGGCAGCGCGGCGGUUGCUGACUUCAGCCAUCCACCAUUUGGCGGCAUUGCCGAGGAGGCGGGAGGUGGCAAUGGGAAGCUAGUGGACAAGGGCAUGUGGUGGAGCUUGAAAGAGUUCUGGAGCUGGGUAAGGAAGAGGAAAACGUCCUCGUGGGGAAGGCCGAAGAAGGGCAUGAUGUCAGCGGAUCGGAAGGAACGGGGGAUUUCCCCUUCGCGGGAAACGAUCCGGGCGAGGGUGUUGAAGUUGAGGUUAUCGGGGGUAGUGGGACGGGGGGUGGGGAUGGUGGAGGUCGUCAUGAUGGGUUGUGAAAUAGUAUGGGAGUGSGGGGGGGGAAGAGGGGUGACGAGGUUAGGCGAGRAAKGAGGCGGUGUGCUGGAAGUGCUGGAUGAGGGGGGGGAAAGGGUGCAGGAGGCAGAGGUGGUGGAUGUGGUGGUAGAGGUAGUAGGAGUGGAGGAGGUCGGCGGGGGGUUGUGGCUGGAGGUGGCUGUGGACGUGGGGGUGGUGGUGGUGACCACCUGGAUGGAGGGAAUAGUGGUUUGGGACUCGAGGGCGGUCAACCGGCUUGAGAUGCCAGCGACGGAAGUGGAGAGUGUCCGGAGGGAGUCCUGUACGGACCGAAGGAUGGAGAGGAGGGAUGGGUCGGGGGUGUUCUCCCCGAUGGCUUGUUGGCUAACGAGUUCGCGGUGGAUAUCCGCCACGGAGUCGUUGCGGAGAGAGCUCGUGUUGACGCUUGAAGCACCUUCGGCCAUUGGAGAGGACGAAGGCGAGGUGGUGGAGGAGGAUGGAGCAGUGGAGGUCGCGGCGGCGGCACGUUGGGAGGUCUUGGUUUGGCGUGGUGGCAUGUUAAACUUCAUGCAGAACUCUUUAGACCAGAUCUUGGACCUUUUGCAAAGGCCAGGAUUCCGGCCAGCAGCACAGUUGCCGUUGCCGUUAACGGCGAUGUCAGGCCCCUUUCCGGUACAAGCUGGCACACGAUCAAGUGGUAUUAGGCCGGAAGAUGCGAAGGUGGCUAGUAUUAGGGACUGGCCACGACCUCAGACUGUUACUGAGGUCAGAUCUUUCUUAGGAAUGUACGACUACUAUAGGAACUUUGUGAAGAAUUAUUCCACAAUCGCCUCUCCUUUGACUGAUCUAACUCGGCUUGAUACGCCGUGGGACUGGAGUGAUGAGUGUGAGGCUGCUUUCAAACGAUUGAAGCAUGCACUCAUGAAUCAUGAAGUUCUCAUGGUGCCCGAUCCUCAGAAGCCAUUCAUAGUGACCACUGACGCAAGCCAAUACGGCAUUGGCGCAGUGCUGGCUCAGCAGGAUGGAAAGAAGUUGAGACCGAUUGAGUAUAUGAGCAAAAAAAUGCCAUCUAAGAAAUUGGCAAAGUCCACCUAUGAAAGGGAACUCUAUGCUCUCUACAAAGCACUUGUCCAUUGGAGACACUUCCUGUUGGGACGAUUCUUCUACUUGAGAACUGACCAUCAGACCCUCAAAUGGAUCAAGACUCAACCGGCUCUUUCUGAUGCACUUAAGCGCUGGAUUGAGGUCAUAGAUCAGUAUGACUUCAAGCUUGAGUAUCUAAAGGGAGAGUACAACAAGGUUGCAAAUGCGCUAUCUCGUAGAGCAGACUACCUAGGGGCGCUAGUUUAUGAGUUUGGUGUAUCUGAGGAAGUAACUCAAUCAUUGGUGGGAGCCUAUCAGGAAGAUCCUGUCAUGAUGGACAUCAUCCGCAAACUUCAGGCAAAAGACAUGGCCACAGAGAAUGAGUUUGUGAUGGUGGAUGGGUUACUCUUUCUUGAUAAGGCCGGGUGUAAAAGGUACUGCGAGAUAAUGAAGCAGUUGGACUUAUGGGACAAGGCCUUAUCUGUUGCCCCAGCAGUGUCGAUUGGGUACUGGAAGUCCUUGAUACUUGAGAAGGCGAUCCAAAGCAGGGCUGCAGUGGAAAACAGCAGCCACUGGGAAGGGCCGUCGGAUGUCUAUGCCUACCAUAUUGCCGGUGGGAGCAUCGAUGAGCUCAUCGACAUCUUGGUUGAUAAGGGCGAGUUAGAAGAGGCGUUCUUGGUGGGUAAGGUGGGGUCUGCUGGGGCUUAUCCUGAUUACAAGGAGGAUGACAGCGCGCUGAGUCCUACACAGGGUGAUGUCAACCUUGUCGGUGGCGGCAAUAGCAGAUUAGGUCGGCGGAGAGCUACUACCUUAGGAAUCAGUGCUGAGCUGUCACGGCUCAUUCAAGUGGAGGCCGGUAGAAGCAAUGUUAGUGGAGGAGGAGGAGGGGGAAGCACAGAUGACCCCGACUGGCCUCAGAAUAGCCAAAGAAUGCAGAAGCACGAGGAGGAGGCAGACUCCCCUGUGGGUGGUAUCCCUGGAGGAGGGGAACUCGCGGCUUCUUCAGGACAGAGUAAUCGCCGCACCAUUGAUGUGAGCAGCAGCAGCAGCACGGGCCAGAAGUUGGAGGAUGACUUGGAAAAGACAGCAUCUCCCAGUUUCAAUAGAAGCGAGCUCCAGAGUCAGCUAAGGACGACGGAGGGGUUCAAGCACCAUAAGAAGAGGAAAAAGAAGAAGAAAAGGGCUGACAGUAUAAGGGUUUUACUGGGAGAGCAAUAUGCAAGCAAGGGAGAACCAAUUUGGGCCGCUUGUUGUCACCUGUCUGUUGGUGAUGGGCAGGUGCGGCUUUUCUCCACCUCCUCACACAGAAUCGUUUUCAUGUCAUUCCACAGAAAAUCGUUUUCUGCUAUCCCAUCCUCUCCAAGGGUCCCAGCUUUGUACAGUUUUGAACUUGCACUGAAAUUCCCACAACACCUGGUACAGUGUGAGGAAGCCACUCUGUUCAUCUGCAUGCACAGUGUUAAAGCCUGAGUACUUCAUCAGUCAAACUUGGCCUGUGCCAGUAGGUGCAGGCACUGACCGGCCUGCCCCCAGUUCAAUUCAUUUGUCCACCUUAAACCACCAGUACUUCCUCGAGUCGUGCCCGUUAACGC